AUGGCUUCUAGCAACAACACUACUACUGGGGUUGAUAAUACCUUUCGAAAGAAGUUCGAUACGGAAGAGUUUCGGGAACGAGCACGUGAACGCGAAAAGAAGGAAUCGGAUCGGUCUAAAUCUCGGUCCAAAGGUCCUCCUGUGCAAAGAGCCCCUUUGAAGCAUAGAGAUUAUCAUGUUGACCUAGAAUCUCGUCUGGGUAAAACACAGGUUGUUACCCCCGUAGCGCCAUUAAGUCAGCAGGCUGGUUAUUUCUGUCGCGUUUGUGAAUGUGUUGUUAAAGAUUCAGCAAACUACUUGGAUCACAUCAAUGGGAAAAAACAUCAAAGGGCGUUGGGAAUGUCUAUGCGGGUGGAGAGAUCGUCUCUUGAGCAAGUCCAGGAGCGCUUCGAGGUUUUAAAGAAGCGGAAAACGCCAGGAACUUUCACGGAACAAGAUCUGGACGAACGCAUCCGGAAACAGCAAGAAGAAGAGGAAGAACUAAAACGGCAGCGUCGGGAGAAAAAGAAAGAGAAGAAGAAAGGGAAGGUGACGGAGGAGGAGCCUGAGAUGGAUCCUGAGGUUGCAGAGAUGAUGGGAUUUGGCGGCUUUGGAUCUUCGAAAAAAUCAUGA